AUGAAAAAACCUUUUUUACCAAACUUGAGGAAAAAAAACGAAAAUGUAGAAACCUGGAGGAAAAUCAGCUCCAUGAUAAAUCACAUGAAAUUCAUUAACGACAGUUUGAAGAAUUUAUUUUUAUCGGAGGAUGAUCUAAAUAGUCAUGACGCCUUUUUGUUGUUUCGAGGAAAAGUCGCGAAGAGAAUUGUCCACUACUCCAGCCUAGCUUCGGAAUGCAAAGACAAGAUCCUCUGCGCCGAGGUGUCCGAUGAGGACGUGGAGGACGUCAAGCAGCAGUUGGAGUAUCACCAAGGGAAUGUGGAAAGGUAUAGAAACAAGCUGAGGAUCUGGUGGAACAAUAAUGGGAAGGACUACCACCGCCUAUGCAUGAAUGAAUUUCUCACCAAGCGUAAAAGUGACGACCAUGGGACAUUCUCAAAGUCAGCAGAAAAAAAACAAACGGAUGCAAAUUUAAAAGACACGAAGCAAAUGAUGAUUGACGAAAUUAACAGAAUGAAGAGUGUCAGAUCGGAAUUACUCGAAUCGUCCCAGAAAUUGAGGAAGCAGGAUCAAAUAUUUAACAUGUUCGAGUCGAAAAUAAAAUCCAGCACGCAGCUGCUAUUUUCUUUAAAAAAAAAGGCCCAAAACGACACGCGAUAUGUGUGGUAUUCUUUUUUCUUCUUUCUGAGUGUGUGCUCCUAUAUUAUCAUGCGCAGGCUGGGCGUGAUCUGGGCCCUCAUAACGAUCAUCAAGUUGUUGCUUUCACUGAUGCUCUACCUAGUCAAAUUCGCGUUUAGUAUGUUUCAUUUUGUUAAGAAGGUUAAUGAGGAAAAGGGAGCAAGUGGAGAAGACGAUUUGGGGAAAACCCUUGUUCCCAUUCCAGUUAUGACUGAGUUGUGA